AUGACAUUUAUGAAGGGAAGUAAAAAACGAAAAUUUUCAUUCUUCAAAGAGAAUGAAAAAUCCGAAUAUAAAGUUUUUGCCAAAUUGGGAAGCAAACAACAAAGUCUCGACUCAAACUUCCCACUACACAACAUAAUGAAACAACUAGCAAAAUGUUCGACUUCUCAUGACUGUCUCAUGUUCAAUGUAGAAUUCUCGCUUUAUGAAAGAUCUAAAAAUUCUUAG